AUGGUCAAAUUCCUCCCCUUCGGCGACCUCCAAGUCCCCUCGCCCGGUUUCGGCGCCAUGGGUCUCAGCUUCGGGCUGGGCAACAACCUGAGCUACGAGGAGGCCGAGCCGGUGCUUCUGAAGGCCAUCGAGCUGGGUUGCACCUUUUGGGAUACAGCCGUUGUCUACCAAGCCGGUGUCAACGAGAAACUCCUUGGUGACUUCAUCCGCAAGCAUAACGUGCGCGACAAAGUCUUCAUCGCCUCCAAAUGCGGCUUCGACGUCUUCGGCAACAAAGGCGUCACCAACUCCGCCGCCCACAUCAAGCAGUACAUCGAGGGAACGAUCGAGCGACUCGGCUUCGCCCCGGACCUGUACUACCUGCAUCGGAUUGACCCUAACACCCCCCUCGAAGAAUCCAUCCCCGCCCUAGACGAGAUCCGCAAGGCCGGAAAGACCAAAUACAUCGGUCUGUCGGAGUGCUCUGCGGCGACACUCCGCAAGGCUAACUCCAUCGCCAAGAUCGACGCCGUACAAGCGGAAUACUCCGCCUUCGAGACCAUCCACGAGACGGACGGGCUGAUCGAGACAGCCCGGGAGCUGGGCGUCGCCUACGUGGCGUACAGCCCGCUGGGCCACGGCUGGCUGGUCGAUAACUUCGACUACCAGUCGCCCGACGACUUCAAGCCGGAUGAUUUCCGGCGGACUUCCCCCAAAUUCCAAGGCGAGAACUUCUACAAGAACAAGGCGAUCGUAGAGGAAAUCAAAAAGCUGGCGGCGCGCAAGGGCUGCUCGGUCAGCCAGAUCGCGCUGGCCUGGGUCGCCGCCCAGGGGAUGAUCGCCAUCCCCGGGACGACCAAGGUGGCCCGGCUGGAGGCGAACUGGGCGUCGCGCGACGUGGAGCUGAGCGAGGCGGAGCGCGCGGAGAUGCGCCGGAUUGUGGACAGCGCCAAGCCGCAGGGGAACCGGUAUGGGGCGGCGAACCAGGCGCUUGUUGGGCAUUAG